CUUUUCUCCUUCUAUCCGCCCGAUCCCGUCGUCAGAGCAGGUUGUGUCAUGGAGUGAGCGCGCCGUCCGCAACUCCAGAAUACGUAACUUUUUCGUGUCGACGUGUGACGUUUCGGGUUAUUUUGGAUUUCGCACAGUGGAUUUGACAAAAUCGGUUCCGACCCCCCUUGGAUUUAGCAGUUCUUAUUUGCAAAUAUUCAGUUCAGUACCAGAACAAUCAAGGAUUUUCGAAAAAAACCCCGGUGAAGUGUGUUUAUAAUACCGAUCCCAAUAAGUCAAGAUGCAGAGUGCUCAAGAAGUGAUGGAAGGUGGUCGUGUUGUUACAGUGGACAAAUCUGUUGAAAGUGUAUCUUCCAGUGACAACGCGAAGAAUGUGGUGAUGUCGAGUUCACGAAAUCGCGAGUGUAGAGUCCCGAGGGUUACUAACAGUAGGGACGCAAAUUCAGGACAUCAUUCCGGAGAUCCGCACUCUCCGAUGAUAAUCGGUGAUAAGUACCUGCUGAUGGAUCUUGUGGAUGGAAGUUCUUUCUACAAAUGUGUCAAUGUCGCCACUAACGAGGAAUACGCUUGCAAGAUCGUGUCACGUGACAACUAUUCGCUGGUCUCGGCCCACUAUCGGCUGGAAACCCACCCCCGCAUUGCGUCUCUCCACGAGAUACUGGUGGGCAAUCAAUAUUUGUACUUAAUAUUUCCCAAAUUCCAGGGGGACCUCCAUUCGUACGUGAGGAACCGUAAAAGGCUCCGUGAAUCGGAGGCCAAGAAGCUGUUCAAACAGAUCGCGGAGACCGUCCAGGUCUGCCAUCAGAACGGCAUAGUGCUGAGGGACCUGAAGCUGAGAAAGUUCAUCUUCGCGGAUUCGCAAAGGACGGAACUCAAGUUAGAAUCAUUAGAGGAUGCCGUGGUCUUGGAGGAGCCAGAAAGCGACUGGUUACACGAUAAGAGAGGAUGUCCAGCGUAUGUCAGUCCGGAAAUAUUGAAGGCUGGCGCUACGUAUUCCGGAAAGGCCGCAGACAUGUGGUCCUUGGGAGUUAUACUGUACACAAUGUUGGCAGGAAGAUACCCCUUCAAUGACAUGGAGCACUCCCUUCUCUUCGCAAAAAUUUCAAGAGGCCAUUUUACCAUACCCGAAUGUCUUUCUUCGAGAGCGAGGUGUCUGAUCCGUUCCUUGCUACGGCGAGAUCCUUCAGAACGGAUUACGUCUGAAGACAUCCUCUUCCAUCCUUGGUUAGCGAAGGAGGAAAGAGAUUGGACUUCUAGAUCGUGCGAUCAACAAGUUCCCGAGUGUAGCAUGUUCGACGACUAACUUUUUCGUUGGGAUUUUCCUCCCUCACCGAAAACGUGCAAGAUUUGUGCUGUGUUCUAGUUUUAAGUCAUUUGUUAUUCGGGAUAUGUUCCAGGUAGACUGAAGGUAGUAUUCUCGAAAAUUUUGUUGUAAAUCAAUGAUGAAACGGUUAUGAUGAAGGGUUAUGUUUUAGGAAUCGAAAUGGUCGAUCAUAAUAACAGUUACUUUGACCUUUCGAUUCUUGUCAUUGUUCAGACUGAAAUGUACAAAGUAUAGGCAAAAUGAGUGGAUAUCCGUGAAACUUUAUUGCGGGAUCAUCCCUUAACCAUAAGCGUAUCAUCAUUUAAUCCGAUUUUAUCCUGAACAAGCCAAAAUAUUGCAAUUAUUGUUGUUUUAGUCUGCUUGGAGCAUUCUUUCACAUUUAAUGUUACUUUCAAUAUAUGUGGUUUUGUUUUUAAAAUGAUUGUUUUAUUAAUUGUUAAUAUUUCAUCCCGAAGUUGUCCGACGAACGAUAAUUUAUUGACUCUAAUUUAAGUACAAGAAUUCGUCCGACAACUCCACUACGCCAUUUUAUAUUCACAAUCACAAUUUUUCCGUUUGUAGAAAUCUUGCAAUAUGUUGUCAUGGUGACUGAAUGAAAGGCAUCACGAUAGUUUGGUGAUUAAAUGUAAGACUGACGGCAGUUUUUAUUCAAUAAUGUUAAUUAUUACGUUUUACGUUUGUAGAAAUUUUUUAAAUGAGUGAGAGAUGAGGAUUCAGAGACAUUUAGGAGGCAGUUGUGAAAAUUCCUUAUCCAUUACGUCUUUUUCCGGAAUAUCAAUGAGCGAAAAUUCAAAUGAAAGUAUUGGUUUAUUUCGAUUUAAAAAAUGUUCAGUGUGCAAUGAAACGAAUUUUACGCUAGGAAAAAUUGAUGCUCGUUUCGGAUUUAUACGAAAUGGAUCACGAUUCAUUCAAUUCAGGAUGUAAAUGAAAUUCGAACUAUAACCCUGGGUCCUGAAUUACCAUGAAUAUCAAUACAAACAGAAAUAUAAUCCUGGUGAAUCCCUCACGUAUUUUCAUCACAUACUCUUAUGUUCAUGCUAUGUGGAUAUUUUCGAAAGGUUUAUUUAUCGUGAUGCAAAGGAUGAUUGUUCAGCUUUGUGAUCUCGGUCAAAUGUUCUCAUCUUGUUUGGCCAUACGAUAUUAGUGUAUAGUACUGAACUGAAUAUUUGUAAAUAAAAUUGUUUUAAUUAAUUUCCUAAUUUAUGUAACUUAAGAGAGCUGAUGUAAAAAUGUACAUAGCUUCGCAUUUUGUCAUCAACGUCGUUGGUUUCUGCUGUUGUCCAUAAAUUCAAAAUAAAAGUUAUUUAUGUAAG